AUGCCUUACAAGAUGAUGCUACUUUUUACUUUACACCUCACAGUUUCUACAAUCUUUCUUCGUAUUCCAUCAGUUUACUCCCAGACGGUUCACUCCUCACCACAGGCAUCACCCAGCGCUGUCCUCGUCAUCGGUCAACAAGACACGGAGGACGUCAACUUCUGUUCCGGAACUCUCGUCGCGCCCCAGUGGGUCCUCACAGCUCGCUCAUGUCUCUACCACAACGCCAUCAGACUACGCAGGUUCCACGUCUACGCUGGAGGUGAGGCGUACCAGGAGUACGCUACGAAAACGUACCUCCCCAACUCCCAGCUACACCGCAGCUACCACUCGUUCAUCAACACCAAGUAUGACCUCGCAUUGCUCAAGACUCAGGGGAUGUUUAAACAGAACGAUUACGUCAGAGUAGUUCCUCGAAUAGAUGAACAAGUCCACACAGAGAGCUUCGCAACGUACUCAUGUGACGUCACCGGGUUCGGUGUGUUGAAUUCUACUAACUCUGAAGUUCGAAGGAUUAAAGAUAAGGUGUUGGUGUACGUGCCGUGCUUCAGAAGGGUUGGUUGGAGUUUUGACUAUUGGACGUGGCAGAGACAGAAGGAUCUGUACGGGUGCACUUACAGAACCAUUAGAACUUACCCAGAGUGUGCAGCUAGUACGGGAGCUGGGUUAAUCUGUGAGGGAAAGUUGGUGGGAGUCGCUCAUGUAAUCGUCACUGACACCAACAAGAAGUGGUUGUACGAGCCGGUCCGUGGUAAUCCUUGUCGUGACUAUAGUACGACUAGUGUGUUCAGUUUGGUCGCACCUCAUCGCAGCUGGAUACUACAGACCAUGAGGCCGGACAGGUUUAAAUACGAGUUUCAAUGUAAUACAUCCGGGAUUGGAUUGAGCAAGAUGUAUAGCUUAGUUGCAGUUAUAUUCGGGUAUAUCGUGAUAAUAUUUUAA